AUGGAAGGGAAAGAGGAGGAUGUGAAGUUGGGAGCGAACCAGUUCAACGAGAGGCAGCCAAUAGGCACCUCCGCUCAGACCAAGGACUACAAGGAGGCGCCACCGGCACCGCUUUACGAUCCCGGCGAGCUCACUUCGUGGUCCUUCUGGAGAGCCGGCAUUGCUGAAUUCAUUGCCACCUUCUUGUUCCUCUACGUCACCGUUUUGAGUGUCAUGGGUUAUGCCAGGUCCACUUCCAAGUGCGCCUCCGUUGGGGUUCAGGGAAUUGCUUGGGCCUUCGGUGGAAUGAUUUUCGCCCUUGUUUACUGCACCUAG